CUUCAAUAAUCAUCGUCUUUCGCUUUCUCUUUCACUCAAAACCUCUGCUUUCGAUCCACCCAGGCUUCCUUCUUCCUCAAAGUUUCCAUUUACCCCAAUCCGAACACCACCCAUUCUAGGGUUUCUGCUUGAUCCAAGCACAAGAACCACGUAGUUUUGUAGAGCCCCAAAUUCUGCAAUGGAUUCUGCAACAAUCAAAGCUUCUACUGUCGUUCCAGAUGCAUCUGCCCCUCCUCCUCCUCCACCGCCGCCGACCCCUUCUAACCACCGCCGGCCUAGGGUCCGGGAGGUGAGCUCUAGGUUCAUGUCUCCGGCGGUUUCUUCAACCGCGCCGAGGCGGCGGCACCACCAGCAACCGGAAGUUGAUUCCUCGAAUUCCUCUGAUGAGAAUCACAGGCCUGUUGAUAAUUCAGAUGCAGGAACCCCGUUCCCAGUUGGGUGUAAUUCAACUUCUCAGUGUAAAGGGAAUUUGGGGAACACUACUACUACUCAGAGGAAACAAAGGGCUGUGAAGCUUUUCAAGGAGAAUAACAAUAAUGGAGUGGGAAGAGACCCUUCAAGGUCAUGUUCUGGAAGAAUUGGAGUUGGAAUUGGGAAUGGUGGUUUCGGUGCCACCCCUUCUAGGCCUGAUACCCCCACAGUUGUUGUGCCUUCAAGGUAUAGGCUCACGCCGCAGCACAGGGGUAACACCUCGGCCGCUGCGAAACUGCUUCAGGCCAGUGGAAUGUCACUAAAGGGCAAUGCAGGUUCUGGUUGGCCUCGGAUGGAAACCAACUCGGUGUCCGGGGAUGCUUCAUCGGUGUGCUCCGAUGAUGAUUGUCGUAGCGAUUCGGGUGUGAGUUGCAGCACUCAGUCACUUCCUGAGUUGUGUUCUGAGGUAGAUAUGUUGCCUUCUGUGUCAAAUAGGUCAGUGGCUGAAAAAAUUGGCAGUAGAAGUGUCUUGAGUAGUAGCAUUAGUAGCAAUAGUGGUAGUAAUGUUGAGUCGAAAGUACAUGCUUCGCCUUUCCAUCGGUCGAUUACUUGGCCGUCUAGUUGCGAGAAGCAAACUCCUUCACUGUCCAAGCUGUAUGGAAAUCAAUUGAAUCAUGUUAAGGCAGGAGGACUGAGUUUGCCUCCGGUACCCCCUAGCGCGAAACCGGUGGCAGAAACAAGGAAAGGGAAGAAAGGGUCUAGUAAUCAGGAGGAUGUGCAUUCCUUGAGACUGAUGUAUAAUCGUUAUCUGCAAUGGAGAUAUGCCAAUGCCAAAGCAGUGUCUGCCAUGAAAGUGCAGCAAAGAGAAAGUGAGAGAGUACUAUAUUCUCAGGCGAUGAAAAUAUCAGAAAUGCGGGAUUCUGUAAACCGGAAACGCGUAGAACUGGAGCUUUUGCGGAGAUCAAAGACUCUCUCAACAAUUCUUGAUGCGCAAAUUCCCUAUCUGGAUGAGUGGUCUGCUUUGGAAGAAGAAUAUUCACUCUCUAUUUCUGAAGCAAUUCAAGCUUUGUUGAAUGCCACAGUACAACUUCCACUUGGUGGGAAUGUUAGGGUUGAUGUAAAGGAGGUUGGGGAGAGCCUGAAUUCAGCAUCAAAGAUGAUGGAAACAAUUGUUCUCAAUAUUCAAAGAUUCAUGCCAAAGGCAGAACAAAUCGAUGUCUGUAUCUCAGAAUUAGCUAGAGUUGUUAGUGGAGAAAGAGCUGUAAUUGGAGAAUGUGGAGAUUUAUUGUCAAAGACAUAUAAGUCACAGGUUGAGGAGUGCAGCUUAAGGGGUCAAUUAAUCCAACUAUAUUCAACUUGUCAUAAUAAUAAUAAUAACAAUAAUAUCACAGAACAAGAAGGAUUUGAUAGUUCAGUUGCAAUUUGUGCUGGCAAUGAGCCUUGUUAGGUAUACAUAUAUAUAGCUCAUGAUCAUCAUAGUUGAAACUUUGUUCAUAAGAACUUGAUGAGAUAAAUUUUUUGAUAUGAUUGUUAAAUAAGCCAA